GGGUCCUCGGCUUUGUGAGGACCCCGCCCCGCCCCCGCGCUGAGGCAGCCCCCCCGCCGGGCGGACCACUUCACCCUCUCUACGUCGGUCUCUCAAAGAUGCCGCUCUACGAGGGCCUUGGGAGCGGCGGCGAGAAGACAGCAGUCGUGAUCGACCUAGGAGAAGCUUUCACCAAGUGUGGAUUCGCAGGAGAAACUGGUCCACGAUGUAUAAUUCCUAGUGUGAUAAAAAGAGCUGGCAUGUCUAAGCCAAUCAAAGUUGUUCAGUAUAAUAUCAAUACAGAAGAAUUAUAUUCCUACCUAAAGGAAUUCAUCCACAUACUGUAUUUCAGGCAUCUGUUGGUGAAUCCCAGAGACCGCCGCGUUGUGGUUAUCGAGUCGGUGUUAUGUCCUUCCCACUUCAGAGAGACUCUGACUCGUGUUCUUUUUAAAUAUUUUGAGGUUCCAUCUGUCCUACUUGCUCCAAGUCAUCUGAUGGCACUGCUGACGCUUGGAAUUAAUUCGGCCAUGGUCCUGGAUUGUGGAUAUAGGGAAAGCCUGGUGUUGCCUAUCUAUGAAGGCAUCCCAAUACUGAAUUGCUGGGGAGCACUGCCGUUAGGAGGAAAAGCUCUCCACAAGGAGUUGGAAACUCAGCUGUUGGAACAAUGUACUGUUGACACUGGUGCAGCUAAAGGACAGAGCCUUCCCUCAGUGAUGGGUUCAGUUCCAGAAGGUGUGCUAGAAGAUAUUAAAGUGCGCACGUGCUUUGUCAGUGAUCUGAAGCGUGGACUGCAAAUCCAAGCAGCAAAAUUUAAUAUUGAUGGGAAUAAUGAGCGUCCCACUCCACCUCCAAAUGUUGACUAUCCAUUGGAUGGAGAGAAAAUUUUACAUGUGCUUGGAUCAAUCAGAGAUUCAGUUGUGGAAAUCCUUUUUGAACAAGAUAAUGAGGAGAAGUCAGUUGCCACUUUAAUUUUGGAUUCCCUUUUACAGUGCCCAAUAGACACCAGGAAGCAACUGGCAGAGAAUUUGGUAAUCAUCGGUGGCACAUCUAUGUUGCCAGGCUUUCUCCACAGAUUGCUUGCAGAAAUACGGUAUUUGGUAGAAAAGCCAAAGUACAAAAAGACACUUGGCACCAAGAACUUCCGAAUUCAUACUCCACCUGCAAAAGCUAAUUGUGUGGCCUGGUUGGGAGGGGCUGUUUUUGGAGCAUUGCAAGACAUUCUUGGGAGCCGCUCCAUUUCAAAGGAAUACUAUAACCAGACGGGCCGCAUACCUGACUGGUGCUCUCUCAACAACCCUCCCCUGGAAAUGAUGUUUGAUGUGGGGAAAGCGCAACCACCGCUGAUGAAAAGGGCAUUUUCCACUGAGAAAUAAACGCUUGAAUACAUCCAGCCUUGCUUAUUUCAAAUAUUUAAUCAAUUAGAGGUAAAUUGUACAAAGUAUGUGGGAUGAUUUAAUAUAUAGAGGUGACCUUUAUGUUACAAAGCAUUUCUGUAUUUUCUCUUUGCAUUAAUAUUUAAUUCAUCUGACUUUGUCUCUUGUGUCGUAUGUCGUAGUGGAUGCUUGUGAGAUAUGUUGUAUUUAUAUCAAUAAAUAUAGUUAAGCUAUUCAAUUUUAUUAGUUUAUUAUGUAGUGCAGUUUCCUCCAGUUCCCAUAAUCUGCCGAGUAUUAGAAACCCCCUAAUUUUACUAUUUUUAGUGAUAGAUCCAGGCCAUGAAUGUUAGCCUUUGCAGUCAUUUCAGGUUCUUUUUAAAUUUUUUUAAAACUAUAUAUGUAUAGGAGCGUGUGUGCAUAUGGAUGCAGGUGCCUGUGGAGACAGGAAGCAUCAGGUCCCUGGAGCUGCGGUCAUUCUGUUGAGUCAUGUGCUGUGAUUUCGAGGAACCAAAAUCAAGUCCUCUGGAAGACAUACGCUGAGCCACCUCACCAAUCUGUUAUUUCACAUUCUAACAUGAUCUGUUUCUUAAUCCUUUGUUUCACUGUAUGCCCAUGAAACUUCAGAUCUUUCAGACUGUUUGAUAGCAGGGCCAGGCAUUCACUAUGCAAGGUGUAGAAAUAGAUACUUUUGAACUUUAUGUUCAAGAGCAUGAAACCUCUACAUUCCUACGAAAAGUAAUUCACUCUAUAAUUUUCUUUUUUUUUUUUUUUUUUUACUUUUUUUUUUUUAAAGAUUUUAUUUAUUUAUUAUAUGUAAGUACACUGUAGCUGUUUUCAGACACACCAGAAGAGGGCGUCAGAUCUCGUUACGGAUGGUUGUGAGCCACCAUGUGGUUGCUGGGAUCUGAACUCUGGACCUUUGGAAGAGCAGUCGGGUGCUCUUACCCACUGAGCCAUCUCACCAGCCCCCUAUAAUUUUCAAUAAAUAUAUUCAUAAUGAAACUAACCAUUGCUCUUGUGCUUUCUAUUUUAGCACAAGGGUUUUUCAACUAAUGAACUCAUUUGUUGUUAAACUUUUAUUUGUCCUCAUUUGUUUAAUGAACUUCCUCAAGACGGGGUGGGUGUGUGUGUGCGCGCCUGCGCACUCAUGGGUAGGAACUAACACAGGUUCUGGUGUGUAUACUUUAACUCCACACAUAGUCUAAUCACUUUGCUUUUUGAAUAUUUCCAAGUUUUGCCAUAUUCUUUACAUAUGAAGAUACUAACUCUUGAAGAAAAUGGCUUCCUGCAAUAAAAGUAGGAAAAGAAGAACCCGGUAGCCAGGCAGUGGUGGUGCACACCUUUCAUCUCAGCACUUAAAAGGCAGGGGCAGGCACAUCUCAGGCCAACCUAGUCUAUAGAACAAGUUCCAGGACAGCCAGUGCUAUACAGAGAAACCCAGUCUUGAAAAACCAAAAAAUGAAGAACGCCUGGUAUGGUGAUGUACUCCUGUAACCCCAGCAAGUGGGAGGCAGAGGCAGGUGGGUCUCUGUUAUGAGUUCAAGAUCAGCCUGGUCUAUAUAGUGAAUUCCAGGCCAGCCAAAGGAUUCACAGUAAAUCAGAUAUAAUGGCUACAUUUCUGUAAAGUAGCUCUUGGGAGUUAGAGGAGGGGUGAUCAGGAGUUCAAGGCAACCUCAAUUACAUAGCAGGUUGGAGCCCAGUCUGGUUUCUAUGAAAUUCCAUCUCCACAAAAUAAUUUUUAGAAGGAAAUGAAUUCUUUGCAUUUGUCUGUUUGACUUUAAAAUACUUAUAUCUCUACUAUUCUACUUACCCUUUCCUACCCAAAGACUAAGAUUUACUGAUACCUACUGACCAUCUGUGUGCCCUGUGUACUUGUGGGUGCUGUGAGCAGUAAGAUGUGGACAAUUGCCCUUUAGGGGUCAAAGGCUAAUAGAAACAGAUUUGCACACCAAUGGUCACACAAAAGCUAUCAGUGUUGCUACUGAUACUACUUUUGGCCCUGGAGAAAAACCAUUUGGGAGAACUUUGACCUGCUUCCUAAAGAACAGGUAGUGGGAACUGGUUACUUCGGGUUAUGUGAGCAGCACUCUACACUCAAGGCAAAUGAGCUGGGGUGCUGGAGGUAAGAGUAAUAGUAAGAUGAGAUCUUGCUAAUCCCGACUUAAGGAGAAGUUAAUCUGAAUUUCAUGUUAGUAAUGAAAUAUCAGCUUGGCCGCCAAGUUUCCUAAUGUGCUUUGUCCUAAAGGUGAUGGUGAUGUCUGUCGUCCUGAGCACAUCUGUCAUAGGCACUGAUCGUCAUUGCUUUGACACUGUUGUCAUCUUCUGUCUGGAGCAGAAGCUCCUAAAGGACAGGGCUCAGUGUCUUUGACUUUGAGCAUGCUAAGGCUCAGAAGAAGGUACACUGUAAAUACUCAAUUUACAUGGACCCACUAUUUCGAUAACAUCUUUUUUUGCAAGAAAUAUUUUAAGUCCCCAGUUGUGCAUGCUGGCACGCAUAUGGAGUCUGUCAGAUGUAGUAUUAUCCAAACCCAGGAGUUCAAGACCAACUUGGGUUCUAUACUGAGAUCCUGAUAACACACACACACAGACACAAAACCCUCUACUCUGCAUUUGUACUGAUUUUGUCUUGUAUUUGGAUUAAGAAAAUAAAAAUGAUCAUUUAAAACGAAA